CACGCACCGACUGGAGGAUCUGCGGCGUUGGGAAUGGCGGGGAUGUAGGCUUAGGGUUUGUCAGCAUCCGCACAGGUAUAUAUAUGAGUCAACAAUCGAAGUAGGUUCAAAUGCAGCAAACCAGGUACUCGGCAGACGCCUCCUGCAAGCAGAAGCGCGCAGACCUUGCUGAUGACAGGCUGAGUGCCCUGCCAGAUGUUCUUCUCCACGCAAUUAUGUCCUUUCUGAAGGCCCGGCAAGUGGUGCAGACAUGUGUGCUGUCCACGAGGUGGAGGCACCUCUGGUGCUCUGUGCCAUGCCUCGACCUUGAUCUGGAGGAAUUCGACGAUGGGGACAUGGAAAAGUCCCUUGAUUACUGUGAGCGGCAGCAGCAGGUGUGGCCUAAUUUUGAGGAUUUCACCGACAACCUGCUGUACCACAAGAACAUUGACAUUGCUCUCUUGGACACGUUCAGAAUGUGCUGUCCUUCCAGAUAUUAUGUGAGAGACAACUCUGAUAGAUGGAUCCGCCGUGGCAUAAAGCAUAGUCCAUCUUGGCGCAUCAAGACGUUGCAUCUUUCAGGCAUAUCUUUGGUCCAUCAUUUCGCAAGGCAUAUUAGUUCUGGGUGUCCCUUUCUAGAGGAUUUAGAGCUGAAGUAUUACAGAGGAACACUUGAUGAGAUCACCUCCCUCUCACUGAAGAAAUUGGUUAUUGUUGGCUAUUACAAAUUUUUUUGCAGUCCCUGGACCAUUACCACUCCUGCGCUCGCCUCCCUGUGCUUGUCAGGUAUUGAUUGUUCUGGGGUACUCAAUAUGCCAGCUCUUGUCAAUGCAUCGAUUCAUCUGUCCACAUUCUUCGAGGAUGACGAUGACGCCUCACUUGUGAACCAAGUGGAGUUUCUUUACGGAUUAUCCAAUGUGACAAGUUUGGAGUUGUCUGACUUCCGGUCGAUUGUCGUUGGUGACAGGUCUCUGAAAUUCCCAUCAUUCAAGAAUCUAAGGACCUUAUGUCUCCGCAACUGUGAUCUCAGUGACGACUUCAGGACAUUGCAGCUCAUUUUGGAGAACUCACUUAAUCUCGAGAGGCUCACCUUGAGACAUUGCGAGUUCUCGAAAGACUCUAACAGAGGGGAAAGGGAGGCUCCUAAGUUGAAGAAGACGUCCUCCUUGGAUGUUCGGUGUGAGAACCUCAAGCUUACAGAGAUCUUAUAUGAAGAUGAUGAUGUCCGCCUGCUGGUUGAGUUCUUGUUUGACAUCUCAGAGAAUCUGCCAAAUAACACUAUGAAAAUCACCAAAAUUGAGGAUGCUUAGACUCGAGCCGCUUUGCUGUCUAUAUUUCUCUCCGGCCCUGUAUUCCGAUGUAUUAUUUUCUUUGUUCUUAGUUACGGUACAAGAAUGUUCAGCCGGCUCGUCUGGCAGUUUUAAAUGUUGUGCCCUAUGGACCAUGGAAGUAACUUUUGAGCUGUAUUCGAGGCUUACUCUUGCAAACAAUGAUUAGUGAAUGCAAUGGAAACAAACUCUAGCGAGA